AUGGAGUUGGGAGGAUUCGAGACGAAUUAUUUGAUGGGUGAGAUAGAAAAUAUGUAUGCCUCAGAUUGUGAUCAGCUUCCUUCACCGCAAUUUUUUGUUGAAGGAAAUGGUGUGUGGAGUCCAAACUCUUUUGUGACAUCUGAGGCAUCCUCUAUGGAUGUGACAUCCGUCCAACAAUCAAUAACCCUGCCGAGAGACGAGAUGGAAAUCAACAACGAAGUGAGAAUUCGCCAUAUGCUCAAGGCGUUCGGCGAGGCCAUGGAGAUGGGGCAGAGGAAGCUGGAGGAGGUAAUCAUGAGAUGCCUUUUGGAGAAAGUAAACCCACUUGGUCAACCUCUUGAACCUCUUGAGCGCCUUGCCUUCAACUUAUGUCAAGGAGUUGUUGAUAAUCAGCAGAGAGACUAUUUGAAACAAGAAUCUUGCAAGAAUUACGAGGCUGCAUUCAACUUGUUCUACCAAAUCUUCCCUUUUGGGAGAUUUGCUCACUACGCAGCAAACACCGCGAUCCUCGAGGCUGUCCCAGAGGAUGUAGAGACUGUUCAUGUAGUGGAAUUUGAUAUCGGUGAAGGGGUUCAACUGUCCCAGAUGAUUGAGGCUGUGGCAAAGAGAAACAAGACACUAAAAGUGACAGCAAUUAAAUGGGAUGUGGAAGAGAGUGAUGAGGUUGCUCCUCCACAUUGGAGAUUUGAGGAGACGAAAAGGCAACUCCAGCAUCACGCGAGGUCUUUGGGCUAA